AUGAGGCAAAAGACCAUCUCAAGGACCUCGACCUUUGCCUGGAGCCCCGGUCAACAUACUCCUCUCCUCGCUACAGGAACAGUUGCCGGAGCCUUCGAUGCCAACUUCUCCAAUACUUCCCAACUCGAGAUCUUUGACCUCAACCUCACCGACAAAUCGCCCGACUCUGUAGAGCUUAACCAACCUGCCGGUGUUGUCUCUAGCAGUGCCAGAUUCAACCGUUUGGCAUGGGCGAGUCCAACAGUCGAUCGCCCUUACGGUAUGAUUGCAGGAGGAAUGGAGAACGGCGAGCUGAACUUGUGGGAUGCCAACGCGAUCCUCAAUGGAAGCGAUGAUGUCCUCUUUUCCAGACAGACCAACCACUCUGGCCCUGUCCGUGGCCUUCACUUCAACCCCUUCCAGCAGAACCUUCUUUCUUCCGCCUCAAGCAACGGCGAGAUCUUCAUUUGGGAUCUUGGAAACUUGACCAAGCCAUAUACUCCUGGAACCAGGUCAGCUAAGCUGGAGGACAUUACUUGCGUCGCCUGGAACAACCACGUCCAACACAUCUUGGCUACCAGCUCAACCACAGGAUACACCGUCGUCUGGGAUCUCAAGGCCAAGCGCGAGGUCCUCACUCUCUCCUACCCCGGAGCAAGUGUUGGAGGCAGCAUGGGCAACUUGGGACAGAUGGGUGCCAGCCGUCGCGGCAUCACCGCCAUUGCUUGGAACCCUGAUGUUGCAACUCAAAUUAUCACAGCGACCGAGGACGACAACAAUCCCGUCAUCUUGGUCUGGGAUCUCCGUUAUGCCCACGCCCCCGAGAAGACUCUUUCUGGACACACCAAGGGAAUUUUGUCGCUUUCGUGGUGCCAGCAGGACUCUGACUUGCUUCUGUCUGCAGGCAAGGAUUGCCGGUCACUCUGCUGGAACCCCAAGUCUGGAGAGAUCAUUGGCGAGCUCCCUCAAAGCUCAAGCUGGACUUUUGAUAUUGAUUGGUGCCCUCGCAACCCUGAUCUUUUGGCCUCUGCUUCGUUCGACGGAAAGAUCAAUAUCCACUCUAUUCAGUCAACAUCCGACAAUGAGUCUGGCUCAGCAGGCCAUGCCAUUCAGGAAUCGCACGAUCCUUUCACCCCUCAGUACCAGACCCAGGCCCCCACUGCGGCCAUCUCGUUGAAGCAGCCCCCCAAGUGGCUUCGUCGCCCCGUCGGUGCUACUUUCGGCUUUGGAGGAAAGCUUGCUAUAUUCAGGAACAGACCCGCUCCUCCCAUGAACCUCCCCCCUGGCGCUGUCGCCCCUGCUGGCGUUCCCACUAACAUUUCAUCAGUGACAUUGGUCAGCGUUGUGACCGAGCCUGAGAUUUCUCAGCGCGCUGCUGAUCUCGAGCACGCUUUGGAGACCAAGACCUUGGACAAGUUCUGCGAGGGACGCAGCCAGACUGACCAAACCACUGCAGAAUACUGGACCGUCUUGCGCGCUCUUUUCGAAGCCAACCCCCGCGAGCAGCUUGUUCACCACCUCGGUUUUGACAAGCAGGAGAUGGUCGAUCAAGUCGCCGCAUUGACCCAGCAGAUGAACCUCAACAGCAACACCUCGGUCACUUCGCCCAAGCCUGACGGAGGACUUCAGAACCACCCUGGCUCGACUACAGAGAUGAACUCCUUGUUCUCGGGCAGCAAUACUGACCUUCUUGACUCUGACGAUGCCUUUGGCAACUAUUCUACUGCCGCCCCCACCUCAGAGUUCAAGGUCAAGCCCUCAAUCCCCUUCCAUAUUUACCCCGCCUCAGAUACCGACAUUGACAAGAAGAUCACACGCUGCAUUGUUGCUGGCGAUUUUGACUCUGCUGUUAAUGUUUGCUUGCACGAUGGACGUCUCUCGGACGCCCUUGUUCUUGCCAUCUGCGGUGGUCCCGAGCUGUUGGAACGCACCCAGAAGGCCUACUUUGAGCGUCGCGCCGCUUCGACCCCUUACAUCCGCCUCUUGCAGAGCGUUGUUACUGGCGACCUCGAGGAUGUCGUUCGCAACGCCGAUUUGGCUGACUGGCAGGAGAUUGUUGUGAUUCUUUGCACAUUCGCUCGCCCCGAUGAUUUUGGAAAGCUGUGCGAGUCCCUCGGUAACCGAUUGGAGCAGCAGUGGAUCACCAAGGCACAGGCUGGAGAGCAGGCGGAUGAUAUUCGCUGCAACACUGUUCUCUGCUACUUGGCUGCUGGAAACCUCGAGCGCGUCGUUUCUAUCUGGAUUCAGGAGCAGGAGCAGGAGCUUGCAUUGAGCGGAUAUGAUCCCUCGACCUCCGAGUACGAGCGCAAUGCUCGCUCGUUGCAAGCGUUUAUUGAGAAGGUUACCGUCUUCCGCAAAGCCAUUGACUAUGUUGAUGUUGCCAUUUCCGGUAACCCCAACGAAGAUAACCCUGAAGAGCAGCAGGAUGGUCAUCACAAGUUGGCUGCCUUGUACGACAAGUACACCGAGUAUGCCGAGAUUAUGGCCGCUCAGGGUCGCCUUUCGACUGCUGUCGAAUUCUUGAGCUUGACCCCUGUCGACUACCACAACAAGGAGAGCUUGGCCGUCAUGCGCGAUCGUCUCUACCACUCUGGCGUCGAUGUCAGCAAGGUCCCCGCUCCCGAGUUCCCCUUCGAACCCCUCUUUGUCAUGGGCGAGGGCGAGUACCAGCAGCAGCAGCAGUACGGUCAGCAGCAGCAGCAGCAGCACAACCAGUACCAACACAACCAGUACCAGUCUCAGCAACCACAGCAGCAGCAGCAGCAGCAUAACCAGUACCAGUCGAACCAGUACCAGAACACCCAGUACCAGACGAACCAGUACCAGCCCCAGCAGGCUCAGCAAAACCCUUACGGUGCCCAGAACCCCUACGGCGCACCACCAGCUCCUUAUGGCAACGCUGGCUACAAUGCCACAGGAUACCAGCAGCCUCCUCCUCAGCAGCAGCAGCAACAGCAGCAGCAGGCAAUUGUGCCUCCUCCUCCCAACCCCUUUGGCGCUCCUCAGCAGAACGAAAUCCGCCCUCCUCAGCCUGCUGUCGCCAACAACCCCUAUGCGCCCCCCGCCCCAACAUAUGGAGGUUAUAACCAGCCCCCUGCACCUCCUGCCUUUAACCAGUCAGGCUACCCUGGUCAUGCCGAUACUGGUCUCCAGCAGCCCUUCCAGGGACAUUACAACCAGCAGAACCCCGUUGAGAGGACUCGCUCGGCCGAUUUGCCUCCCUCGCAGCGCAAAGACACUGGUAACUGGAACGACCCUCCAUCAUUGCCUCUAGCCAACGCCGCCAAGCGUGCAAAUGCAAAUGCUGCUUUGAACAAGACUCAAUUCAGCUCGCCCUUCCCUGGCAGUCCCGCUAUCGGUAACAGCCCCAUGGGUGGUACCCCACCACCUCCUGCAACUGGCUAUGGACAGCCUCCUCAGCCAACAGCAUUGCCUCCACCUCCCAUGAUGGGCGCUCGUCCCGCAGCUACCACCUCGCCCUACUCACCGGUCCCAGCAGCAUCGCACCUGCCCCCUCCUCCCCCUACCAACGCAGGCAAUGCCAUGUCGCCCCGUUAUGCCAACCAGCGUGCAGCACAGCAGCCUGCUAACUUCCAGAACUUUGGUGGCAACCAGGCAACCAAUCCCCAGCCCACGAACACAUAUGCCCCUCCUGCCCAGCAGCAGCAGCAACAAUACCAGCAACAGCAGCAGCAGCAGCAGCAGGGUUAUGGACAAGGCUCUCCUAGCCCUUACGCCCCUCAACAAAACCUUGGUGGUGGGCCCAUGGGAGGCAUGGCCAGCGGCAUGCCCCAAGUCCUCCAGCAGAGACCCCUGACGCCAGCAGCACCCCCAACUCCCCCAGAGCCUGUCAAGUCAAGACAUCCUGCCGGUGACCGCUCACAUAUCCCUGCAGGACAGAAGGUGAUCUUCACCGUCCUCGCUAAUGAGCUCGCCCUCGCUCGCCAAUACGCUACGCCCGCGAACAAGAGAGCAUGGGAUGACGCUGAAAAGAAGUUGAAUGUGUUGUUCGACAUGUUGAACAACGAGGAGGUGUCAGCGGCUGUGGUGGAUCAAAUGCUGUUGCUUGCACAAGCACUCCAAUCCAAGAACUACAACUCUGCAUACCAGAUCCACUUGGAGUUGCAUUCGACGCGCACGAACGAAGUGUCGAGCUGGAUGACGGGAGUCAAGCGCCUGAUUGUCGAGAAUGCCAAGCUCCAAUAG